GCUACGAGCGCCCUGCGACCACGCUCAUCAUUUCUCCCUUUCCCGCGGCCACAGUGUUGCGCAUACCUGCGGACCUUUUUUUGUUUACGCGAGCUCCCCCCGCGGCGGGCGCACGCUCCGACUUAACACAACGUCUUGAGGCGCGCCUCGGUACGCAUGCUCGCGUCGCGGCCGACCGUCGGCGCUCGCGCGUAAACACGCUCGACUACAAUGAAUCCUUUCAUCUGAUCGCCGGAUAUCGUUUCCAAGAUGAACCGCCUCGCCGCGAUCCUCGUGACUGUGACCCUCGUUACCGGUGCCGCCUCGGAGGCCUCCGUGCGGACAUGUGAACCCAUCAAAGUGGCUAUGUGCAAGAAUAUCGGAUACAAUCAGACCGGAAUGCCGAACCUGGCGAGGCACACUCUCCAGGCGGACGCCGAUGUGACUUUGCAGACCUUCAGCCCUCUCGUCCAGUACGGCUGCUCGUCCCAGCUGGACCUGUUUCUGUGUACGGUUUACGUGCCGAUGUGCACGGACAAGGUGGCCCUGCCGAUAGGCCCGUGCCGAGGCUUAUGCGAGAGCGUAUACGAGAGGUGCUACCCGGUCCUCAGCGAGUUCGGCUUCCCGUGGCCCGCGGAGCUGGACUGCUCCCUGUUCCCGGCUGAGAACAACCACGAGCACAUGUGCAUGGAGGGCCCGGGCGAGCGGGCCGCUCCCGUGGGCACGGUGACCCUCGACGCGGCCAACGCCGCCGGGAGAGGCGCUUGCCGACGGCUCAUCAAGCCGAACAGCUGGGUUUGGGUCCGGGGCUCAGGACGAUGCGCACAGUUCUGCGAAGCCGAAGUGCUGUGGGAGGCCGGGGAGAGAAGAGCGGCCGAGGUGUGGCUGGCGACGUGGGCCGCCCUGAGCUUCGCGUGCACGCUGGCGGCGGUGGGCGCGCAGCUGGCGUGCGGCGAGCGCGGCGGCGCCGGGGAGCGGGCGCUGGUGCUGGUGGCGCUGUGCCGGUGCGCGGCGGCGGCGGGCUGGGGCGUGCGCGCGGCGGCCGGCCGCAGCGCCGCCGGCUGCGCCAAGGACUCCACCACCCCAACCAGAAUGCUGCUCGCUCACGACGGCCUGGCCAACCCCAAUUGCGCCGUCGUCUUCCUCCUGCUGUACUACUUCGGGCUGGCGGCGUCGGUUUGGUGGGUCGUCGUAGCAGGCGCGUGGCGAGCGAGCGUGCUGCGACCACCACCAGCGCCGGGCACCACAGCUCGCAACAACCGCCACAGCUCGCUGCUACAGCUGGCGGCGUGGGGCGUUCCCGCUGCGCUGGCGGCCGCUGUGCUGGUGACGAGAGACGUCGAUGCUGAUGAGCUCACUGGAACAUGUUUCGUCGGCAAUCAGUCCAGCAAAUCGCUGCUGGCGUUGGUCAUCGUGCCGGAAGCGAUCUGCCUGCUGCUGGGCUCGGUGUUCCUGGCGUCGGGGCUGCGGGCGGUGUUGCGGCGGCCCGCGCCGGUGCCGGCUCCGUCAGCUCUCCUGAACUCGCCGCCGCAGCCGCUCACCGACCAGAGCCUGCUCAGGUUGGGGGCGUUCGCGGCGCUCUACGCGGUUCCGUCGACGUGCAUCCUCGCAACGUGGAUGUACGAGUACGCGUGGAGAGAUGACUGGCUAGCCGCACCGGUGCCAUCGCCGGAGCCGUCGACUCAGCCGCGCCCCGCGUUCUGGGUGUUCCUGUUCCGGAUAUUCGCGUCGCAGAUUCUGGGCGUGAUGGUGGCGGUGUGGAUCGCGACGCCGCGGCUGAAGGCGCUGUGGCGGAAGAUGGCGGGGCCGCGGAAGCCGCCACUGGCGAAGUGCCCGGCGGGCCCGCCGCCCACGCCGCUCACGCUGCACUGCUACGCUUCGCACGCGCACUCGCUGUCGCGGCACAGCCAGGUGCACAAGUACGCCACCUACCGGCCGCCGCAGCAGCACUCCUACCGCAAACCUCGCCACUACCACUACUCCGCGGGAGAGACCAUCCUCUGACCGACUCACCCGCCUGCUCAACUAAAAGACACUCAGUUACGAGGCUGUUCCUCUGAUAUGCAUUUAUAGUUUUAGUUUAUGUUGUGUUUGAAUAGUGUAUUAAUAAGAGUAUUGUUAAAUUUCGUAAGUGCCAUUAUGUUAUUAUUUAUGAGUGAAAGAUUUUGUUUGAACGGAAUAUUAUAAUUAAAUAAUCAAUCUGCAUAAAUGUAUACGAUGAAACAAUUAUUACUAUACUGAAAAAAUAUAAUAAUACGUGUUUAAUUAAACCAGAAAAGUAGAUACGAUUACACUCGUAUUUAGAAGAAAAUUUUGUACAGACAAUUGUAGUUUUUAAGUUUGACUAUGAAAUUAACUUGAACUGCCUAUUAAAGUGUUUAUAUUGUAUAUAAAAGCUUUUUGUAAAUAGUUAAACAAGGGAAGUUUUACACUUGAUUUUAGGUUAGAUACUUUAUAAUUUGAAAUGCCUUAUGAUUUGUUUGCUUUUCGUUGCGAUCUAAGUGUUACUGAAACGCCAUUUAAAUGUUUUCAAAUCAUAUUAAGUCUUUAACAUCAUACAGUCGAUUGCACAUCAGAUUAUACAUUUUUGUUGCAAAAUAGCCUGUAAUACAACGAGAUAAGAUGCCAUUGUGUCUAGCUUGAUGUGCUCUCGUCCUGGUACAUUAGCUUCAAGAUGCUAAUAACAGGCUCAGUAGGUUUGUGUUUCAAUCUUAGAUCUGAAAAUAUGCUACUAGUGUUAAUAGCUUGCGACUCUAGCGAGUUUUAAUUAUUGCGUAAAAAUCACUUCGAAGCUAAUUAAAUAUUUUGUACAUACUUUUCCGUCCUGCAAUUUGUGUGGGAUGGAAUACCGCCUGCCAAAAUAGUAUUCUAAUGUAAAUACAUAAUGAUUAUUAUCACUUAUUAUGUGCCUUAAUAAAACACAGCGUUCUGUUGAGAGAGCUGUC